AUGGAGACCAUCGAAGGCAAAGACGUCGAAAUUUCCCAUCGAGAAGUCCUUACAACAAACCACGAGCCAAAGACCGAUCAGCUCAUUGAUGAGGCCCUAGGUGGUAAUGCUAUUGAGCAUGACUUGAGUACUCUCGAAGCCUUGCGCAUCUAUAAGCGAGGUGUGGCUCUUGUGGCGCUGAUCACCCUGACGAUCAUCAUGCGGGGAUACGAUGCCAGUGUGGCGCCCACUUUUUUCGCCUUGCCCGCCUUUCAGAAUCGCUUCGGUCACCCCGUCCCUGGGCACGGUAAUCAGGUUGCAGCAAGGUGGCAAAGCGCUCUCGGUGUCUCCACAACAGUGGGCCAGGUGUUCGGUUCGUUUGUCGCCACCUACCCUAUGGAAUGGUAUGGCCGGAGGAAGACCUUGGCAGUCUAUCUCCUUCUCACUUCUGCCGUCAUUCCGAUGCAAGUCUUCGCACCGUCGAUACAGGUCCUGACAGCUGGCGAAUAUAUCGGUGGCUUCUUCCUUGGAGCAUACCAAGUUUUGAUCCCCACGUAUUCGUCGGAAUUGUUGCCGAUCAUUUUGCGUCCCUACCUUGCAGGAUUGAUCAACACGGCGUACAAUGCGGGCGGUCUUUUGAUGGCCGGCAUCUCCUACUCAUUUUCCCACUGGAAUUCGGAAUGGGCCUACAAGAUCCCUUUCGCACUUCAGUGGGUAUGGCCAGUUAUUAUAUUGCCGAUCGUCUACUUGACGCCCGAGUCACCGUGGUGGCUGGUACGAAAUGGCAAACUGGAGGAAGCUAGAGUUGCGCUGUCAAAGCUUGGGGAUGAGAACGACCCUCGCAUCAAUUUCGACAGGACCGUAGCAAUGAUGCAAAAAACCGACUUGUUCGAGCAAAAGGUGGAGACUGGGGGUAGCCUGUUAGAUUGCUUCAAGGGGCCUUCUCGUUACCGCACCGAGAUUUUGAUCAUGAUUUUCUUCUGUCAAGACUUUGCGGUCAGCCCUGUCAGCGCAGCGUACUUUUACGAGCAGCUGAACAUUGAUGUCACGAAAUCUUUCCGGCUCAAUAUCGGCGGCACAUCAAUCGGACUCUUCUGUGCCAUUGCGGCCGCCUUUUUCCUCCGCUACUUUGGACGUCGAAGUGUCUAUACCUCCGGAAUCGGGGUUCUUUGCGUGAUACAAAUGACAGUGGGUUUCCUUCAACUUCCUCCGAGCUAUAAUCAGAACGGCAAUUUUGCCACAGCGCAGAUAGUACUGCUAUUUAUCGCGAGCGCGGUGUACAACCUUACCAUUGGUCCUCUCUGCUACAGCAUCCUCACCGAAGUGCCGUCGAUCCGUCUUCGAUCCAAGUCGGUGGCUAUCUCGAUCGCGACGGAUGCUGUCUGUGGUAUCGUGACGAAUUUCGUCACGCCGUACCUGAUCAACCCCGGGGAGGCAAACGCUCGUGGCAAGGUCGACUUCCUUUGGGGAGGGAUCUCUUUCUUCUCGUUCUGGUGGUGCUUCUUCAGACUUCCCGAGACCAAGCACCGAACUGUUGAGGAGAUAGAUUAUCUCUUUGAAAAUCGUGUGCCUGCCCGCCGUUUCAAAGGAUACGUGAUCGAUGAAGAGCAGCUCAGACACAACUUGGAGGAGAAUCACGAUUCAAGAGCGUGA